GAAAACGAGUUCUACCAGCGAGCAGCAGAUGACCGGCUUGGGGUUGUCUGUGCAAGUUUGCCGCGGUGCAGACGACAGUCAUUACGCGGUGUUCAAUGAAGAAAUACUAGCGCAGUCGAUGGUGGGUGGCUUUGAUGUUCCUGAACCUCCGGUGACGGACGGUGAAGAAGAUGCAGUCGGCCUGCUAGACCACGACAGUACGUCGACUACUAGCUCUAGCGCUCUAUCAACUGCAAAAAUGUCUGGGUCUGGAAGAAUGCAACUUGUGAUGCUGAAUUUGGAUGGACUCUAAAAAAAUUUGUAUUGCAUGACCAGCAAGAGGGGUAUAAUUUGUGCUACACGGACAGGGCAUUUCUCAUGCGGAAGGUGCAUCAGGAAGGGUUCUAAAAAUCUGCAAUGCUACGGCAUACAUCACAGACUAUCAUGGGUCAUGAGAAAUAUGCAUGACAAAUCUUGCAUUCUUCCAGAACCAUACAUUUUUGCACUUGAUCCGAAGCGGCUACAUCGGUGCUUUACGAGCUACGCCUCGAGCUACGCCAACACGGUGGAGUCGAUGAACACGAAUUACGGCACAUCAAAGGCCGCGUGGUCAAAUGAAAACGAUGGCGAAGAC